AUGGAAUUUUCUGUGCUAUGGAAGAAAGGCUCUUCGCAAACAGCUCCAGUCGUUUUGAUGUUCGGCAGUAUCUCCAUCAUAUUCACUGAAUUAUAUCAUAAAGUUAGAGGAGUAUCCGGAAAUGAGAGAUAUCGGUAUUUAGUUUUAUGUCCUGUUGAUGCAUCCCAACUGGGGAAAGCGAUGAUUGGGGAGAUCAUGGUUUACGUUGUUUCCUCAUUAAGUGUUCAUGUAUUCACUGAAAUGAAGAAAUGA